AUGCAAGAGAAGGACGAUCACAAACCAACACUGCUGACAAGGCCUCCAUCUAUAUACAGAGGGGUUCGAAAGUUUGGGCACCCCAGACAGCGUCAACUUGUGGCUCGAAGGUCUGCCCUGAUCAGCUGUAUAAACAACGUGAUCCUGACUGUCCUAACAUCGGUUCGACGCAGAUACAAUGUCUGACAGCUCCACAAUACCACUGAAGAAAUUGAAGAUGGACGAUAGCAAGGUGUUUAAUGAUCCCAUCCACGGGACGGUGAAAUUAGACCCACUUCUUAUCAAAAUCAUCGACACACCUCAGUUCCAGAGACUGCGAAACAUCAAGCAGCUUGGAGGGGCCUACUUUGUUUACCCUGGAGCCUCCCACAACCGCUUUGAACACUCCAUCGGGGUGGCGCACUUGGCAGGUCAACUUGUGGAAGCUCUGCGUGCAAGGCAGCCGGAACUCAUCAGUGACAGAGACGUCCUAUGUGUGAAGAUUGCUGGUCUCUGCCAUGACCUGGGACAUGGGCCCUUUUCCCAUCUGUAUGAUCAAAUGUUCAUACCCAAAGUACCACCAGGUCCACUAGGUGAUAAAAUGGCAAAGUGGAAGCACGAAGAAGCCUCUGUGGAGAUGUUCAAUCAUCUGGUGAAAUCUAAUAAUCUGAAGCUGGAUGAGCUGAAGCUGCCCGAGGACAUGGAUUUCAUCAGAGAGAUGAUUAAUGGACCAAAAGACCCUAAGGGAGGAAAGAAGAAACCUGAUGCAGUCGAGUGGCCAUAUAAGGGUCGGACCAAGGAAAAAUCCUUCCUCUAUGAAAUCGUGGCCAACGAAUGGAAUGGCAUUGAUGUGGACAAGUUUGACUACUUUGUCAGGGACUGCCACCACCUGGGCAUGAAGAACAACUUUGACCAUCUCCGCUUCAUUCAGUUUGCCAGAGUGUGUGAGGUGGAAAAGCGGAAACACAUCUGCAGUAGAGACAAGGAGGUGAACAAUCUGUAUGACAUGUUCUACACCAGGAACUGUCUCCACAGAAGAGCCUACCAGCACAGAGUGAACAAGAUCAUAGAGUAUAUGAUUGCGGAGGCCUUUUUAAAAGCAGACAAGCAUAUCCAGAUUGAAGGCUCAGAAGGCCAGCUGUGCACUCUCUCUACAGCCAUAGAAGACAUGAAGGCCUACACCAAGCUGACAGAUCAUGUGUUUGAUCAGAUACUCAACUCUUCCUCUGUGGAGCUGGCUGAGGCGAAGAAGAUUCUAGAAAGGAUCAUCUCUCGAGACCACUACAGGUUUCUGGGUGAAACUAAUCCUGAACAAGUCCCCACCGGGGAGAGCCAUCUUCAAUGGGAAGAGGAAUUGGCUGCAGCUGUCCCUGAGGGGGGCGAUGGGGGUGUCACACUGACACGUGAGGACUUUGUAGUUUUGGUUGCUACUUUUGACUAUGGAAAGAAAGACAAGGACCCCAUCAAUAAUGUUUAUUUCUACAGCAAGAGAAGCCCUGACACAGCAAAACCAAUCACCAGAGACCAGGUGUCCAAGCUUCUCCCAGAAUGCUUUUCUGAGCAGCUGAUCAGGGUUUACAGUAGGAAGACUGAUGAGCAGAGUGUGGAGGCUGCCUGGAAGCACUUCACCAAGUGGUGUAAAGAGAAGGGCUUCCCAGAACCUCAGAACACUCCACCAGAAGUUUUGGAACAUAGAGAAUAAAAAGUGAAAAAGAAAUCAAAAACUCCCUUAUUACUUAUAAACUUAUUGUCUAAGAUUAUUCUGUAAGGUGAGUAUGAGCACAGUGCAGUGCUAGACACUGUUUCUCCCAAAAACAAAUGAGUACCAGGAUAAAUUACUGCAUGUUUGGGUCAUAUACUCAGUUUGUUUAGAGCCCUGUUCAACACUGAACACAUAUCUUUGUUUGAUUAUUAAACACACUUUAAAUGUCAUGUUAUGAAACUGAAGCAUGUUGUAGGGGACCGGUGUAUUCAGCUAUCAGGAAUAUUUAGGCUUCUGUGUGCAUUCUGUGUAUUAUGUGUGUAUUCCUUAUAAUCAGGACAAGUUAUAACACUACCCACGAUAACACUAUUACACAACCCACAUGGAGUGGAGUUAAAGUGAAUAUUUAAAUUGUGGUUUAGGGAUUUUAAAUAUUAAGGUGUUUGGGGGUUUAUGUAAGUGUGUGUGCAUUAAUGUGAUAAUCUGAUGAUAUAUUAUAUAUGGGAAGCUUUGACUUGGGAAUCACUUUGUAUUGCAUCUAUCAAAUGAAAUAAGAUUACUAUUACCAAUAUGAUUACAGUGCACUCUAGCCCAGGGGUGUCAAACUCAUUUAGUAAAUUUGAUUUUAAGUUAUUGGGGGGGCUAGUAAACGACUCCAGGAAGAUCAGCAACUGUAUCUGCCACAGAGUUUCUUGUCAGCUUGAUGUUGGCAAACGCAAGUAGGAAAAAUAAUAAUGUUACGGACCUGUGAGAGAGAGGUAAUAAUCUGAGAAAAAAACUCAGAAUUUCUAAGAUUAAAGUUGUACAUUUACAGAAAAAGAACUCAGAUAUUCUCUGAUAAUUAAAGUGGUGAAUUUGCAAUUAAUUAUUUCUCUGCAAUUUUCACACUUUUCAAAGUCAUCCACUGGGCCUGAUUGGACCCUUUGGCGGGCUGCUUCUGGCCCACGGGCCAUAUGUUUGACACCCCUGCUCUAGCCUAUAUCACUGUUUACCGUGUAGCUUAAACUGUUUUCUUCAAUGUAACCAUCGGAGUGUGAUUAAGAUAACAUUUUUAAUAUUGUUGUUUUUCUCAUAGAGUGAAAAUGUAUUAGAUUAUUAAUAUAUAUUUGGGCUGUAAAGGGAAACUUAUCAAAGAGAUUAGAGACUUUCAACUGCAAUGAUGCAGCUUGAUGACAGAUUGUUCCAGCUCUAUUUAAAAUAAACCUCUGUCCAACAGAUGAAAUCAUAACACUUGUGUUUGUCAGCUGGGAUGAUAAUGCAUCUUUUAUUCAUGGAUUGUGUUGUCAAAGAAAAAAUUGGGAACAUUUUGUGUAUGAGUAAAGAGAGGCCUUAAAAUGUUAAAAGGAAAAGCAAUCACUCCUGAAUGGAAAGAGAAAUAAAGGGAAUGUCUCAAUGCUAUCA